UGUUUUACAGGAGCAAACCCAAAAAGCAGCUUCUGUAAUUCACUUUAGUCCAUUCUUCUCACUCAUUAUCUGGUUAACCUUGGCUUCAAAAGUUUCUGCUAAUUCAAUCACACAGAUAAUAAGUGAACUGUUCUAAGAUUACGAUUGUUCAGACCAUGUGUUCAGUGUUUUAAUUGAAAGCAACCUUUGUAAACAUCGACCAUCAAGAGAGACAACUUCAAAAAAAAGAUAUUUUCUAUUGUUAAAAAAAUGUCAGCCGACCACAGCUCAUCUGAUUCCUCUGAGCCAUCUGUUGAAAUCAGUAGGAAUAAUAAAGAUCGUAAAGUAUGGAAAAUUUUGAUUCUUGGCGAAGUUUCCGUUGGUAAAACCAGUUUAAUCAAACGAUAUGUUCACAACUUCUUCUCUCAACACUAUCGACCAACGAUUGGUGUUGAUUUUGCGCUCAAACAACUUGUCUGGGAAGAUGAGUCGGUCAUUAUGCUACAAUUGUGGGAUAUUGCUGGACAGGAAAGAUUUGAAUCAAUGAAUCGAGUCUAUUAUAAAGGAGCAGUUGGCUCAUUCAUUCUUACAGAUGCAGCUAAUCCCGAUUCCUUUAAAUCAGCAGUCCGAUGGAAGAAAGACUUUGAUGCCAAGGUGAACAUGGAGGAUGGACAACCUGCUCCAUCCAUUUUGUUGGUAAACAAGUGUGAUCUUGAAAAGGUAGGAAUGGCUAGUGAUGUUGUCCAGCUUCACAGCUUUGCUCAAGAAAAUGGUUUCCUGACUUGGUGCUAUGUUUCGGCUAAGGAAAAUAUUGGCAUUGACGAUGCUGCCAAAACUUUAAUUAGAAAGAUCCUAGCGCGAAUUGAUGGAGAUGAAAAGGAAAAGACGAUUGAACCGAGACAAAGUGAUGUCAAAGUAUUAACAAGACAAGCUAUGAUUGAUUUAACAGCAAAUAGACAAGAAGAAGUUGUUGAGAAAAGUAAAUGUUCAUGUUGACCCAUUUCCACACAAUUUGUCCGCACAAUUACCAAUAGAUAAUCAAAUUGCCCACUGAAAACUGAACCUUUAAUUUUCCAAACUUGAGCUAAUAAAUUAAUUUAGAAAUUAAAAUUCACUUGCUGCCAA